AUGGCCGCACUCGCCAGCGCAGAGGCACUCAGCAGUGCCGCAACCGGCGCACAGAACCCGACCGAGGUCCUGUACCUCGUCGCGCUCCACUUCAUCGACUCGUUCAUCUCGCUCCUCUCGACGAGCGUGACGUCGGACGAGCACAUCACCUUCGCCAGCCAGCUCAGCAGCGGCUCGACCAUCGGCAAGCACGCUCGCCACCUCGCCGACCACUACCGCCUCCUCCUCGACGGCACUUCUCGCGCCUCCGCGUCGUCGUCCUCGCCGAUCGAGUUCUCGUACGACAUCCGGUCCCGCAACCUCGCCGCCGAGACGUCGCACGCCGCGUGCGUCGAGUCGUUCCAGCAGCUGCGCGCCCAACUCGCCGAAGUCACGCGCGAGGGCCACGGCGUCGACCCGGAGCGCGCCGUCCGCCUGCACGCGACGACGCCGUUCGAGGUCGAGGUCGGGAGCUCGUUUGCGCGCGAGCUGUGGUUCGCGAGCUUCCAUGCCGUCCACCAUUUUGCCCUCAUCCGAGUGAUCGCGACCGAGCAAGGGAUCGAGGUGCCGCCCGAGUUUGGCGUCGCGCCGAGCACGCUCGUGCACCGCAAGGAGAGCGACGAGUCGAGCGCACACAAGGGGUCCAAGUUGUAGAGCUGCCUCUCUCCCUGUCGUAUACUAGCCUGUGCAUGGACCGCU